GGAGCAUAUAAAUUUCCAAGUGUCUUUCUUGAGAUUGACAGGGACCCAGCAAAAUGGGCAUCUCCAUGUUCCUGGGGGUAUGGCUGUUAUGGUGCCAACUUCUAUAUGCAGGAACUACUGCAGAUACCACAAAUGCUGACUCAUUUAGCAUUGUGGGAACAACAGAUACUCCAGUGUCUACCAGUUUGCCUCUGAGACUAGUCAAUGGAGAAAACAGGUGUCAGGGGCGAAUUGAGGUUCUGUACCAAGGAUACUGGAGUACUGUUUGUGAUGAUGGCUGGGACGUAACAGAUGCCAACGUCGUCUGUAGGCAGCUUAACUGUGGCUAUGCAGUGUCAGCCCCAGGAGGUGCCCGAUUUGGUCAAGGCUCUGGAAACAUUCUCCUAGAUGGGGUGCAGUGCUCAGGGACAGAGUCCUACCUGUCCAAUUGCCUUCACCAUGGGUUCUAUAACCAUGAAUGUGGCCACAGGGAAGAUGCUGGAGUUAUUUGCUCUCACUCAGAAACAACAACCGAUUCAAGUUUUUCCUGGAGCAGGGAACCAACAUUCUAUGAAAUAAGAACUACAGACUUUCCAACUACUGAGUCACCUUUAGCCACAACAACAUAUGGAACAGAUUCUGGACUGGCCUUGACACUGGUGAAUGGAGGAGACAGAUGCCAGGGUCGAGUUGAAAUGCGGUACCAAGGAUCCUGGGGCACUGUUUGUGAUGACAGCUGGGAUUUGAACGAUGCCAAUGUUGUCUGCAGGCAGCUGGGUUGUGGAUAUGCAGUGUCAGCUCCAGGAAGUGCCCGAUUUGGUCAGGGCACUGGCAACAUUGUCUUGGAUGAUGUGAGUUGCUCUGGGUCUGAAUUCUACCUGUGGAACUGCCGCCACAGUGGGUGGCUCUCCCACAACUGUCAGCACACUGAGGAUGCCAGUGUCAUCUGCUCAGCCAGUACAUCAGAUCCACCCAACCAUGGAACAACAGUCUUUCCAACUACUCCGUCACCUUUACACACAACAGAAGCCAGUACAUCAAUUCCAUCUACCACUGGAAGAGCUGACUUUCCAACCACUCAGUUACCUGUAUACACAACUUAUGGAACAGAUUCUGGACUGGCCUUGACACUGGUGAAUGGAGGAGAAAGAUGCCAGGGUCGAGUUGAAGUGCAGUACCAAGGAUCCUGGGGCACUGUUUGUGAUGACAGCUGGGAUUUGAACGAUGCCAACGUUGUCUGCAGGCAGCUGGGUUGUGGAUAUGCAGUGUCAGCUCCAGGAAGUGCCCGAUUUGGUCAGGGCACUGGCAACAUUGUCUUGGAUGAUGUGAGUUGCUCUGGGUCUGAAUCCUACCUGUGGAACUGUCCCCAUAGAGGCUGGCUUUCCCACAACUGCAACCAUGGUGAGGACGCCAGUGUCAUCUGCUCAGAAGCCAGUACAUCAAUUCCACCUGCCACUGGAGCAACAGAAUUUCCAACUCCUCAGACACCUUUCUCCACUGCCAUAUAUGGAACAGAUUCUGGACUGGCCUUGACACUGGUGAAUGGAGGAGAAAGAUGCCAGGGUCGAGUUGAAGUGCAGUACCAAGGAUCCUGGGGCACUGUUUGUGAUGACAGCUGGGAUUUGAACGAUGCCAACGUUGUCUGCAGGCAGCUGGGUUGUGGAUAUGCAGUGUCAGCUCCAGGAAGUGCCCGAUUUGGUCAGGGCACUGGCAACAUUGUCUUGGAUGAUGUGAGUUGCUCUGGGUCUGAAUCCUACCUGUGGAACUGUCCCCAUAGAGGCUGGCUUUCCCACAACUGCAACCAUGGUGAGGACGCCAGUGUCAUCUGCUCAGAAGCCAGUACAUCAAUUCCACCUACUACUGAAGCCAGUACAUCAAUUCCACCUACUACUGAUUCUGGACUGGCCUUGACACUGGUGAAUGGAGGAGAAAGAUGCCAGGGUCGAGUUGAAGUGCAGUACCAAGGAUCCUGGGGCACUGUUUGUGAUGACAGCUGGGAUUUGAACGAUGCCAACGUUGUCUGCAGGCAGCUGGGUUGUGGAUAUGCAGUGUCAGCUCCAGGAAGUGCCCGAUUUGGUCAGGGCACUGGCAACAUUGUCUUGGAUGAUGUGAGUUGCUCUGGGUCUGAAUCCUACCUGUGGAACUGUCCCCAUAGAGGCUGGCUUUCCCACAACUGCAACCAUGGUGAGGAUGCCAGUGUCAUCUGCUCAGAAGCCAGUACAUCACUUCCACCUACCACUGAAGCUGCUUCAACAAUUUCACCCACCAUAGAUUCUGGUCUGUCCUUGACACUGGUGAAUGGAGGAGAAAGAUGCCAGGGUCGAGUUGAAGUGUGGUACCAAGGAUCCUGGGGCACUGUUUGUGAUGACGAGUGGGAUUUGAGCGAUGCCAAUGUUGUCUGCAGGCAGCUGGGCUGUGGAUAUGCUGUGUCAGCUCCAGGAAGUGCCCGGUUUGGUCAGGGCACUGGCAGAAUUGUCCUGGAUAAUGUGCGGUGUUCUGGGUCUGAAUUUUACCUGUGGAACUGUCCCCAUAAUGGGUGGCUUUCCCACAACUGUAACCAUGGUGAGGACGCCAGUGUCAUCUGCUCAGAAGCUGCUUCAACAAUUUCACCCACCACGAGUUGGUGGCAUCCAACAACCACAGAUGUGAGUCCUCCUACUUGUGGCGGCUUCUUUUUGAAUGCCUCUGGGUCAUUUACAAGUCCUUCAUAUCCUUCAUUCUACCCAAACAAUGUCAACUGCGUCUGGGAGAUAGAAGUGAAUUACACUUCCAGGAUAAAUCUGGGCUUCAAUUACCUGCAGCUGGAGGCACACAAUUCUUGUAAUUAUGAUUAUAUUGAAAUCUUUGAUGGAUCACCAAAUGGUUUGUUACUGGGGAAACUCUGCAACCAAACCCAGCAAAUAUUUACCUCCUCCUCCAACCGAUUGACUGUUCGCUUUGUCAGUGAUGUCAGUAUCCAAAACACAGGAUUUUCUGCUUGGUUUAACUCUUUUCCAAGAGAUGCAGCCUUGAGGCUGGCAAACUCAUCUGAUUACUGCUCUGGUCGUGUUGAAGUUUAUCACAAUGGAUGGUGGGGGACAGUUUGUGAUGACAGCUGGAGCUUACAAGAUGCUCAAGUGGUCUGCCGACAGUUAGGGUGUGGAACAGCCAUUUUGGCCCCAGGAAAUGCCUACUUUGGUAAAGGGUCUGGGCCCAUCACCCUGGAUGAUGUGAGGUGUAGAGGGAACGAAUUAAAUCUCUGGCAGUGUCAGAAUAAUGGCUGGUUUGCCCAUAACUGUGGUCACCAGGAAGAUGCCGGUGUCAUCUGCUCAGGUCAUUAUACAACUCCAGUCUAUCCUCAAUAUACAACUCCAGUCUAUCCAUAUUAUACAACUCUAGUCUACCCAACAAGCACAACUGCAGCAGCACCCUUUUCUUGUGGAGGAUUCCUUUCCCAAUCCUCGGGAAUCAUUUCCAGCCCAAAUUACCCUGGGAACUAUCCAAACAGAGCUGAUUGUGUCUGGGAUAUUGAAGUCUCAAACAACUACCGUGUGACCAUAGUAUUUGAAUAUGUACAGCUAGAAGGAGGAUGUAACUAUGAUUAUAUUCAAGUAUAUGAUGGGCCUUACCAGACAUCCCCAUUAAUUUCACGAGUUUGCGAUGGAGGAAGAGGUUCCUUUACAUCAACAUCAAACUUCAUGUCCAUUCGAUUCAUCACCGAUGGCAGUGUCACCAGAAGAGGAUUCCAGGCUCAGUACUAUUCCACAGCAUAUGAUGAUGGCACCUCUCUAACAUGCUUACCAGAAAAAAUGAGAGCCACCAUCAGUAAAAGUUAUCUCCAGGUUCUGGGCUAUCACUCAUUGAAUUUUCUCUUAUAUAAUUCAUCCUGUUGGCCUAUGGAAAACUCCAGCUAUUUUGUAUUUGAUAUACCAUAUAAUGGCUGUGGGACAGUAGAAACCAUAAACAAUGAUACUAUCAACUAUAGCAAUGUCCUUAUAGCAAAUCUACCUAGUCAACCCAAUGGUGUGAUCACAAGACAGAGAGGUCUCCGCUUGCAUGUUAGCUGCAAAAUGCUUAGAAACACCUGGGUAGAAACGAUGUUUGUUACUAAUGAGACUGCUGAAAUCAAAGAAAUCCAGUAUGGCAGUUUCCAUGUGGACAUCUCUUUCUUUGAAUCCUCUUCUUUCUUCUCACCUGUGAAUGGUACACCAUAUGUUGUACAAUUAAACCAGCCCUUGUACUUUCAAGCAGAAAUCCACCACUCUGAUUCCAACUUGGCACUUUUUGUGGACACCUGCAUAGCAUCCCCAAGUGCAAAUGAUUUCAGGACCUUGACUUAUGAUUUAAUCAGGAAUGGGUGCACAAGGGACAACACCUAUUUGACAUACUACUCACCAUACCCACAUCAAGUUCGUUUUGGAUUCAGAUCCUUUGCCUUCCUGGAGAGAUAUCCAUCUGUUUACCUGCAGUGUAAAUUGGUGGUGUGUCAGGCCUUUGAUUAUUCUUCACGAUGCUACAGAGGAUGUGUAACAAGGUCCAAAAGAGAUACAAGUUCCUAUCAGGAGAAAGUGGAUGUUGUUUUGGGGCCAUUCCAACUUCAGAAAUAAGAAGCAAAAGACUAAAAUCGGAUUGAACUGUUGCAGAUGUUGAUGACUGGACUGAGUGAAUCCCACCCAGGAGGGUUCUAACCCCCUCGCUGUCUCUGCUGUUGCCUUCCUUGUAGUGUGUUUGCAGCCUUUGUUUUGAAGAAAAAGAAGAAACCCUAACUAAGGGUCUUUCCCUCCCAGAUUGAUUUUUUUUUUUGAGUAGGAAAAAGAGUCUAUCUUUUCCUGGAGAGGUCUCUUUUCCAUAAUAUUUGAAGAUCAUAGUCUGUCUGUCUCCCUUUUUGGCACCAUCCUUGGCAAGUCAUGCAGUCCAAGAAAAGUCACAUUCAAGAAAUCAGCAUGAAUAUGCCCUAUGGAUUGUGCUGUGAUUCGGUUUACAUUGGCGUAAUUGAGCUGGGGGUUGGGAGUGGGGCAGGGUGGUUGUGAGUUCCCAAUGUUGUUCAGAUUUGUUUGAAAUAUUAAGCAGUUGAUUAAAAAAAUGAAACAGUUGCCAGCGUAAAGAAAUUCUGUAUAAAAUUUGAUUUAAAAAGUCCAGAUAGAAGGGAAAUUUCUGCUAGAUAGGAUUUCUUAUGUUUGGGUAUGCAUUUGGAAAAAAAUAUUAAAAAUGGAAAACUAAUGUGGAACCCUUAAUACAAAUAAUAGCCUUAUUUAGGGAAAUUAUA